CUUGAGAAUUGUCUAGGAGUAUUUAUAUUAUCUAAAUAGCAGAAAAAUGAACAACAUUAUUAGUAUGGAAAGGAAUAGACCAAUAAAAUAUCCCUCAAAUGAUGUUUCAAUCAAUUGGCCCUCUUUUUAAUCUUGUAAUAUCAGUCAAUAGAGAUUACAUUUAGUGCAGGAUCUAAUAAUUACACAUUCUAUAGGAAAAUAUAGUGACACUGAAAGCGAAAAGAAUGAGAUUCCUCAAAACCUUAUCAAACUAUCAGAAUUACAAUAUUACCACCAGGAAUAUGAUAGAAACUAAAUCUUAUAGAAAAAUGAAAAUUUUUGGAUAACAAAAUUUAUAUUUUCUGAUUUAAUAAAAUCAAUCUUAUUAGCACUUUCGUUCAUUUUACCAUAUAGUUAUAUUGAUGACUCAAAGUAAGAUCAUUUAAUAAUUUAGAUAUAAAUCAACAUAAACAAAAAUAAUCAUUACUUUUUUGAUAUUAACUUUAUAUAUGAUUUCAAUUAUUUUGAAAUUAUAUUCAUAAAUGCUCAAACAUCAACUGAUGUAAAAAAGCUUGAAAUAGGUUAUCUAUUUAAUUGUAUUUACAAUCAGUACUUUCUUUGAAGAUGCAUCAGUUUAUGCAUUAAUGUCAAUAUAUUUGUUUGUUAUGAAUUUUGGGAUAAUUAGAAAAUUUCUUCAAAUAUUCAGUCAUCUUAAUUAUGAGUAAAUUAUAAUGAUAUAUCUUUCUUAGAUAAGUGAACUAUAUACAAAUGAUAAGUUGUAUCUAUUUUUCAAUUCAUUAAUUUGGUUGUUUAUGGAUAGUAGAGUAAAAUAUAAAGAACUUAGAAAACAUUUCAUAUUUAGAUAGUAUUUAUCAUUCAUUUAUAAUAUCCUUACUGUAAAUUUAAGAAAUUGAGAUUGAAAAUAAGUUGUUAAUAAUAUUAAAUUUAACAUUUAAUGUAGGAAUAAUAUUUUACAUUCUAAAGUGUCUAUUAAAAAAUUUUACAGAAGGAUCUCGAAAUUAAUAAUUAUUAAAAUCAUUUCGUCUCUAUUUAUAAUCUAAAUUAAUAAGUUUUUAAAGCAAGUUAGUUUUAAUUCAUUAUUCUACAAUUUAUACAGAAUAGGAAGAUGAUCUAACACUUAAAAAACAAUAGAGAAUAAACAAAAUUUAAUAAUAUCUUAAGUGGAAAAUUAUUAAUUAGGAAUUAUCGAAAUUAAAUUUUUUAUCUCAAAAUACUAUAGAUUUAAUAAGUUAAAGUGGAAAAUUAAUUUAAAGUUAACCAUUGAAUGUAUUAAUAAUUUGAAUUAUAAAGAGAUUAAACACAGAUAUAAAUGGAUUAUAUAUAAUUCUUUCUGGCAGUAUUUAUGUGGAAUUUAUGGGAUUCUAAGUUGGUUAAUCAAGUUAAAAGAUUAUAGAACUAAGUUUAAUUGAAAUUAUUAGUGGUUAAUAAUAAGGAAGAAUAAGACUAGAAUAAACUUAUGCUAGGGAAGUUUUGUACUUUUUUAUUGAAAAAUAAGUUAUUAUUGAUAUAUUGAAAUAAUCAAAAGAAUAAGUAUUGUUACAAUAAUAAAAUAGGAAGUUUAUUAAAUGAUAAAAGAUGAUCUAAUUUUAUAUAAUGAUACCACGAAAUUAAAUUUUAGAUGUUAUUUUUGUGAUUAAUUUCAUCCAAGUUUUAAUUGUUCAUCAUUUAAUAUAAAGAGAAGAUUCAAUUAUGAUUAAAUAUAUCAAGAAAGAGAUCCAAGAUAUUAAAGAAAAGUAACUAAAAAAUCUAGAUCUGCUAUAUAUUAGUAAGUAAGAUGAAAAUAAUAUUAAAUAGAUUACAUAUUAAGGAACUAGUAAUAUUAAUGUAUUUGAAUAGAAUUCAGAUAGUUUUGAAGCAUUUUCAGCUAAUUCAAGUGAACAUAUUAGUUGUGGUAAUAAUGGAAUUGAAUAAAUACCAAAGCAAGCUUCAACUAAAUAUAUAUAUAAGGAGAUUUUAUAGGCAGAUAUUAUAUCAGAUAAAUUGACUGAACCUAUGAUAAGUAGCACAUUUUUGAAAAACCUAACUAUCAGUCCAGACACUGUAAUAAAACGUUAAAUAACAACUACAAAUUAGAAUUAAGGUUAAUUUCAAGAUUUAGAUUCAAUAUUUGAUAUUGAUAAAAUGGGAGAGUUUCGAGAAUAUAAAACAAAAUUCAAUAUUACAAAUAUCAUAACACUUCUGAAUAAAAAAAAUAAUUGA